UGUUUCGUACGCAGUACAUGUUAGCGGUGAAAAAGUUCUUCGUUUUUAGACAUUGAUAAGUUAUGCAUUUUCUUAUCACUGUUAAAUGGGCUUGUCAGUUCAUGAUAUUCACCUGGAAAAGAGGCGUUAUUUGAUAUAAACUGUUUGGUGCAUGAUUACUUGAUUGUUCAUCAGCGUUUUGAGGUUAGUGAUGGUUUGAUUUCUUUGCGUUUCACAAAACUUGCAUUAAAUACAUAAAAACAUCCCAUAAACUUGAUAAUUGAACAAUUUAAACAAAAGGUGGUAUUUAAAAGAUUGUAUAAUAUCAACAAUCAUUAACAGUGAAAAAUAAAUAAAAACAUCACAAUACCAUUGAAAUGGCUUCAUCUAAUGAAAAUGAUGACAUGACUGAGAGUUUAUCUGAUUUAUACGAUAAAGCUUUCAAGUUAUACAAUGAUAUAAUGAAUACAGAUGAACCAACAAACAGUUUAAAAGUACAAGUGGAUAUUAAAAAAUGUAUGAGUAUGCUUGAAAAUGCAACAAAGUUGGUUUCAUUAGCUGACAUGUUCAGUUCAAAUGAAGAGUUUGAUGAAGUUCCAACAGAAAAUUUGAAAUAUUUUCUUCUUCCUGUAUUACUUGGAACUUUAACAACAAAACUUUGUAACCGAGAAAACCGAUUGCAUUAUGUUGAUGUAGCUGAAGUUUAUUUUUACGAUUUUCUUGAACGAGUUAAAGCUUAUGGUAUAACAAAUAUUGAAAUUCCAACACUGAAGAAAAGAGAUUCCGAUGACAAAGAAGAAAACAAUGAAGAAAACACGUCCAAAUCUGAGACGCAAAUGAUUGAAGACAUGGUAAACAUAAGAAAAAAUAAAAUUCAACGAUACAAACAACAAAAACAACUGAAAGAAAAAUUAGAGACACUUAAAAGUAAUAUGAAUAAUCCAAAUAUCGAUGAUGAAACAAAAAGGCAAUACUUUGUAACACUUAUUGAAUUAUACAUUUAUCAAGCUAUAGAAGAUAUUGUUUCUCUUGAUGAAGAAAGAAAAAUUUUGAAACACAUGAGUGCAAUGAAGCGUGAAGAAAAAUCAGAUAAAAAGAAGGAUGUAAAAACCCCUAAGUUACAGUCAGUAAUUAUUACUCGUAAUUUAGCACAAAAGGAAGUAUUUGGAGCUGGAUAUCCAAGUUUACCGGUAAUGACCGUUGAAGAAUUUUAUGAGAAAAAAGUUGCUGAUGGAGAAUGGGCUCCUGGUGGUCCAGGACAAACUGCAGUUGGACAAAAGAGCCUUCAAGAUAUGGCAAAUAAUCAAGAUACUUUGGAAGAAGAUCCUGAAGUUCUCCAGAAAGAAGAAUUGGUUGAAAAAGAUGAUGAAGAGUAUCUUGCACAUAUGCGUGAUAUGGAUGAAUAUAAAGAUACACAUAAACGCGGCUGGGGUAAUAGAUACAAUAGAAGUUAAAAAAUUUAAUUAAUAAUAUUGAACUGAAAUUAUAGUUAUAAAUGUUAUCGAUGUGUAAGUAAUUAAUACCUAUUUUAUUUGUAUUUUAAUAAAUGACAAUUAGAUCAUAAA